AUGGGUGAAGGCCUAGGUUACAGUGAUGAUGUUUAUUCUAUUGGUAAGGACUUAGGUGGUUAUGGUGACGGUGUCUCUGUUGUUGGUAAGGACUUGGGUGAUGGUGGUGUUGCUGUUAGGGGUGAGAACUUAGGUGGUGGUGGUAGCGAUAUUUUUUCUAAUGAUGAGGACUUGGGUGAUGGUGGUGUUACUGCUAGGAGUGAGAACUUAGGUGGUUGUGGUAAUGUUUUUUCUUCUACUAGUAGGGACUUUGGUGAUGAUGGUGUUGCUGAGAGGGGUGAGUACUUAGGUGGUGGUGGUGGUAGUACUAGGAGUGAUGAUUUGGGUGGUGUUAAUGGAUUUGAAGAGGGCUUUGUACAAGCUGCAAUACCUCAUGAACAUACUGUUAGUAAAAACUUGAGUGGUGGUGGUACUGUAGCUAUGGGUGAAGGCCUAGGUUACAGUGAUGAUGUUUAUUCUAUUGGUAAGGACUUAGGUGGUUAUGGUGACGGUGUCUCUGUUGUUGGUAAGGACUUGGGUGAUGGUGGUGUUGCUGUUAGGGGUGAGAACUUAGGUGGUGGUGGUAGCGAUAUUUUUUCUAAUGAUGAGGACUUGGGUGAUGGUGGUGUUACUGCUAGGAGUGAGAACUUAGGUGGUUGUGGUAAUGUUUUUUCUUCUACUAGUAGGGACUUUGGUGAUGAUGGUGUUGCUGAGAGGG